AUGGCUAAUUCCAGUUCUUCUUCCUCUUCUAUACCCUCCCUCUCACCCCACCACCCACCCCAUUUCACCCCUAUUGAAGAAGGAAAUGAAGAUGAAGAAUUUUCACAAGGUAGAAGCAGUUUUAGAGCAACGACUCCUAGUGAAUAUAGGCACCAUCCUACGCCGUUGCAUCAACAUAGUUCGGAAAAUCGAGGUAAAGGGUCUUCGAAAACGAGGCCGGAUGGUGAUGAGACUGCCGGAGUUUUGUGCAACAAGUGCCGGCCGAACAACCGGGAGAAAUUUUCAGUUGUUCCUUUAGAGAAUAAUGGUGUUCAUAAGCUUUCAAUGUCUAGUCCCAAUAGGUUAUUCAAAUCAAUUUUAGCUUCUUUCGGGAAAAAAAGUCCUAAAUCAUCAGAUGGCGGCUCCUCCACCGUGUCUAUGGAGGAGCAGUGGAAGAUUGCGGUGGCUGAGCUUUCGAAUAAGCUGAUUAAAGCUACUAAAAAGAGAGAUGAAGCCAUUCUCGAAGCUUCGAAAUUGAAGUAUUCAAUGGCCGAGCUCGAAAAGAAGCUAAACAAGCUAGAAAUUUACUGCCAUAGCUUAAAAUCUGGGCUUGAAGUUUGUAGCAGCACUAGUAAUGCUUCUCCGUAUCAAAAUCCAAAGAUUUGUUCGUCUUCUCAUUUGAAUUUGGAGUGCAUAAAAGUCGGGGAUCAAGAAAAAGUUAUAGAGCAUUUCUUGGUUUCUGUCUCUGAGGCAAGAUCAUCAAUUCGGAUUUUGAGUCGAUCUUUAACGGUUCAGUUAAAACAAAUGGGUGGAAAAGUCUUCGACAGAAUUGCAUCGCUACUUCAACCUUACGAUAUCAAGAUUUCCCUAUCAAGAAAUCCUAGAAGCCUACUAACUUUCUAUCUCGAGGCCUUGGUAAACAGAGCAUUUUUUGAAGAUUUCGAGUCCAUUGGGUUCCAAAAGAGCUCACCAAAUCAAAUCUUGAAUCCGAUCAAUCGUUGUGAAGCAAAUUUCGCAAUGUUCAAUGCUUUACAAGGGUUGACAUGGGAUGAAGUUUUGAACAAAGGAACAAGACAUUUUAGUGAAGAUUUCAGUAAGUUUUGUGAUAGGAAAAUGAGUGAAAUUGUGGCUAUGUUGGGGUGGAACAGGGCUUGGUCUGAGCCACUUUUGCAGGCCUUUUUUGGUGCAUCAAAGUCUGUGUGGCUAGUGCACCUUUUGGCUAACUCAGUGCACCCAAAUCUACCCAUUUUCAGAGUGGACAAAGCGGUUAGAUUUGACUCGGUUUACAUGGAUGAUAUGAGUGGAGACAAGGCUAAGAAAUUGGUUCCAACCAUGGUUCGAAUCAUGGUCACACCCGGGUUCUAUGUGUACAACAAUGUGGUCAAGUGCAAGGUGCUUUGUAGGUAUUACAAUAACAUUGAUUUGCAAGUCCAGAAGGGGUUGAUGACUCCAUCGCCAUCGUAA